CAGCACCUUGAAAAUACCAGUUAGUGUGUGAGCGGCGACCGCGUGCUCCGUCCCGUCAUCAUGAAGCGCCUUCUGUGUUUGUGUUUGCUAUCUCUGGCAGCCCUUACUUCGGCUCAGGAGAAAAGUCUCGAGAACUACCUACAUGAUGGCAACAAUAAAUUCACCGCAAAAUUGUUCCACGAAAUAGCGAAGUCAAACCCAGAUGAAAAUGUAGUUCUCUCCGCUUACUCUGUAAUGACUCCGCUCGCGCAGCUCGCCCUAGCCUCAGUCGGAGAAUCCCACGAUGAACUGCUCGAUGCAAUCGGAAUGCCUAAUGACAACAUAACUAAAGCUGCAUUUUCAUCUGUGAACUCUAAACUUCGGUCAACAAAAGGAGUUACGCUGAAUACUGCUAGUAAAAUCUACGUGGCUGAUAAUUAUAAAAUAAAUGCGCAAUUUGCUGCCGCCACCCGAGACACAUUUGGUUCAGAAAUCCAGAACAUUAACUUUAAGCUGCAAAAAGAAGCCGCUGAUGAAGUCAAUACAUGGGUUGAAAACCAGACUAAUAAUCGCAUCAAAGAUUUAGUAUCACCAGAUAGCUUAAGCGGUGAUACUAGAGCGCUUUUAGUCAAUGCAAUUUACUUUAAGGGAACUUGGAAAAAUCCUUUUAACAAACUUGCAACUACAGACAGAGACUUUCAUGUCACUAAAGAUGUUGUGAAACAAGUUCCAACCAUGUAUAGUAAAGAUAAUUACAAAUAUACGGACAGUAAACAACUUAAUGCUCAGAUUCUUGAAAUACCUUACGAAGGAGAAGAAGCGUCGUGUGUUUUUGUGCUACCUCACGAAAUAGACGGUAUUCAAGAAUUAGAGGAGAAACUCAAAUUCCCAUCAAUACUCGACAAGGUCACUGAGAACAUGGAUGAGGUUGAAGUAGAAGUUUACCUUCCUAAGUUUAAAAUUGAGACAACUACUGAUUUGAAAGAAACUUUACCUAAGAUAGACGUCAAAAAGCUAUUUUCUCCACAAGAUGCUAGAUUAGAUAACCUUUUGGAAAAUGUUGGAAAUCUUUAUAUUGAUUCAGCUAUUCAAAAAGCAUUUAUUGAAGUCAAUGAGGAAGGUGCUGAAGCCACUGCAGCUAACGAGUUCGGCAUUAGAACUUUGUCUGCAAUCGUAGUGGAAAAUGUCUCCCCUCCUAAACUCUUCAAGGCCGAUAGACCUUUUUACUUUGUAGUAAAAUCUGGAUCGCUAGCUCUAUUUAAUGGAGUAUUCCGGAGUGGAUGAUCAUUUGGCGUAGCGUAUUUAUCUGCAGUAAUCAAUCCACAAAUCAAGAUCUUCAAAGCUGACCAUCCAUUUAUAUUUUACUUAUACAGUGGAAACAACAUCUUGUUUAGUGGCAUUUUCCGUCAAUAAAUUUUAAUAUGGA